AAACAUGCACACUACUUCCUGCAAGUUUCCUAGUACACAAUAUUCCUGCCACUGAAAACUAAACAAGCAUGGCAACUCUCCUUCGCAGACUCGCAAUGCCCGGGUGUUCAUCGAGGCGGUGCUUGGGAGUGUUUCUGCGGGAAAUGCACAGCCGGACUUCCCCUCUGAAUCCCCGGGACGGACCGCGACUGCUGGCCGGUGGCAGUCUCCCUCUGACGGCCUACAGUAGCACACACAGCCGCUGGCAGCACACAAAGGCGGCGGAUCCUCCAGAGGUGGAAUUACAUCGGUUAGAGGGGGAAGAUAAUGGGAUAGUGGAAGUGUUGAUGUGCCGACACAAGGCAAGAAAUGCUCUGGGCUAUGUGUUUGUGUCACAGAUGAGGGGGUUGGUGUCCAGUCUGUCCGAGGACUCAGCAGUCCGUGUGGUUAUCUUCAGGAGUUUAGUUCCAGGUGUUUUCUGUGCAGGGGCAGACCUGAAAGAGAGAGCUCGGAUGAACGACGCUAUGUCUGAUAGCUUUGUUCACAUGCUGCGAACCCUCAUGACUCAGAUAGCAUCAUUGCCCAUGCCCACCAUCGCAGCGAUGGACGGCGCUGCCCUGGGAGGUGGGCUGGAGAUGGCCUUGGCCUGUGACCUCCGCACUGCUGCACAUUCGGCACAGAUGGGUCUGAUCGAGACGACGCGAGGGCUGCUCCCAGGGGCGGGGGGCAGUCAGCGGCUGCCAAGGACGGUCGGCAUGACUCUGGCCAAAGAGCUCAUCUACACAGGUAAGCGUGUGGGGGGGCAGAAGGCUCUGGAGAUGGGGCUGGUGAACAGAUCUGUGGAACAGAACGAGACGGGAGACGCUGCCCACAGAGAGGCGCUCAGCCUGGCCAGAGAGAUACUGCCCCAGGCUCCUAUUGCUGUGCGGCUGGCAAAGGAGGCAAUGGACAGAGGCAUUGAGGUUGACAUCACUUCAGCGAUGAAGAUAGAGAAGAUGUGUUACGCUCUGGUCAUUCCCACCAAGGACAGAAAAGAGGGAAUGGAUGCCUUCAUUGAAAAGAGACCCCCGCGGUACACUGGGCAAUAAACCUUUUGGACAUAUGGAAAUGUCUCCCUCCAUCACUCAGCGCUCCUCCAUAACCUCAUGUCUGAUAGACAAUUAACGCCCAUUGAUUUUUUUCUGUGUGCAUCCCAGACAGUAUCAAUACAUUAGAUAAGGUCAACAUUAGCGGCAAGUGUUUGAUUUUGUGACUCAUGAGAGCGACAUAGGGAUAUUUCUAUUUGAUCAGAGAAAAAGUAGUUUUAUACUGUUUAUUCACCCAUAUAUCCAUAUUUGUUUGUCACAUUUUUUUAAAAUAAAUUAACACAAAUAUCAUCUCUA